UCACUGCUCGACUGAGGGACCUUACAUAUAAUUGUAUGUGUGGGUUACAGAGAUGAAGUAGUCAUUCAAAAAUAAAGUUAAACAUUAUUAUUGCACACAGAAUAAGUCCAUACAACUUAUUAUAUUAUUUGUUAAGCAAAUGUAUACUCCUGAACUUAUUUAGGCUUGCCAUAACAAAGGGGUUGAAUACUUAUUGACUCAAGAAUUUUCAGCGUUUCAUUUGUAAUUAAUAAAAAAAAAUGUCUAAAAAACAUAAUUCCACUUUGACAUUAUGGAGUAUUGUGUGUAGGCCUGUGACACAAAAUCUCAAUGUAAUCCAUUUUAAAUUCAGGCUGUAACACAAAAAAAGUGGAAAAAGUCAAGGGCUGUGAAUACUUUCUGAAGGAACUGUAUAUAGUGCACCACUUUUGACCAGAGCCCUUUGGACCUAGGUCAAAAAAGUGCACUAUAAAGGGAAUAUGAUGUCAUUUGGGAAGCAAUCAAGGAGUGUCUCAGGCUUAGAGCAUCAGUUUGUCGUUAGCCUACCAAGCCUCACAAUACAGCGAAAGACGGUUGGGUUCUGUCUUCAAAUGCAGAGAACUGAGCAGAACAUGUCAGAGCUAGAGAGUGCCAUGAUCGCCAUCAUCCAUGUGUUCCAUAAAUACUCGGGCCACAAGUGCAAGCUGAAGAAGGCAGAGCUCAAAGAUCUUGUCAAUAAUGAGAUGAGUCACUUCAUAAUUAAUAUCCAAGAGAAAGAGACUCUGGAUGAGCUGUUUGCAGACCUGGACCAGAACGGAGACCUGGAGAUCGACUUCCAAGAGUUUAUCGCUCUGAUCGCCAUGAUGACAUCAACGUGCCAUGAUCUCUUCAGCACGGAUCACCGCCGUUAGUGACACAAUGUAAAGGGGAAGACUUCAGCGAGUGUCUAUGGCGUUCCAUAAAUUCCAGAGUCCUCUUCCAGGCGUCCUCUUGGGCAGCAGCGUGGGGUGCCAGGUGCCCUCCCCAGAGAGUGAUCACUAUAUGGAAAAACAACAGGACAGCAUGGAAAAUAACCUGGAAAUACAAAUCAUAAUGUAGUUCUCUCCUUUCUGAGAUACUGUAUGUUAAUUAUAGUGUCUAUUAACAUUUUGUAAAAUACCCUUAUUUGGAAACCCUUUAAAUUUGAAUACAUAUGUUAGUGCUUGUAAGUGGAUAUAUAAAUCAAGAAUAAAGGACUGAUAAAUGUUCUUCAAGACAAA